AUGGCAGACAUCACGCCGAGCCCGCCUGCCAGCGCCAUCACCUCGCCCGAGCAGAGGGCCGGCUCUCCAUCCCCGAGCAUAACACCUUCACUCGCCCUCGAUGCAGUCCCGCAACUCAUACUGGAUCGUUCAGUCUCCACACCUUCCAGCACCGGCUCGACACUCUCGACGCGGUCUAGAAACUCGCGACUCUCCGAUGGCGCAGCAACCGUUGUGCGAAGAAGAGGCUACAUGCGUCCGCAAGGGACAGCAUUCGCCGAGUCUGCACGCAAUAGAGACAGUGUGAUGAGCUUGGGGAGCAUUGCUCAUAUGCAGUACUACUUUGCAAGGACGGGACUGUUGGAUGGCAAGGGUGCACAAUUGGCGAAAGAGCAGCGCAAGAAGAGCUCCACUGGUGACAAGGAGAACGUACAACCAGCACUCACGGGCAGCUCUCUCGAUGAGUUCAACAUUGGGUCACUCUCGUUGCAUGACAGCACAUCUUCGUAUGCCAUCUCGGAUUCUGGUGCCGACCACAGUGUCGUUGAGAGCCCGACAGAGAUGCAUCUCAACGGUGAUUCCUGGGUUGAUCCAUCCGAUCCAAUCAUGCUGCCACCAACCGUCAGCACAUACAAGGUGAAGCCAGAGUUCACAGAGCCUUUGCCAGACAUGCCGGUUCUCAGGAGGGAACUCAAGGAAGCAUUGCAAGAUGCAUGCAAGGUCCUUGAGGAAUCGCAAAAGCCGGAGCACGCCCAGAACAACACCGAGGACAGUGCCUUUUACGAGAUCCAGGGAUUGCAUCUCUUGGAUAUCAUCACCCUGGCUAUUCGAGCGGCGAAGAACUACUACACCGCACACAACAACCCGCAGAAGCUGUACGCCCUCAAGUCGGAGAAAGACAUUCGAUCGGAUCUCUACCAAGUCUUGGAUAUCCUGAAGCGAAUGGCAAGUCGCAACUUUCGUGGAGGAGUUCGGUUGGAUGAAUUGACCGCCAUCAUCAUCUGGAUUGAAAGCAUCGACAAGUUGAUCAAGACGGAAGAAGUGCAGGAACAGCAAGAAGCUGCCGAGCGCGAAUCGUGGAUCUGGAGAGAAGGCGACUGGACUGGCCGGGAGCGGGAACGCGAAUGGUUGUUCAUGAAGUCGUUCGAUGGAAGUGAGCCGGUAUUGCCGCAGUGGCCAGAGGCGAGUGAGGAUCAGACGCUACCGAACGAAUUCUUGAAAGCUCUGCAAGACGGACAGCGCUUGGUGAAGCUGCACAACGCCCUGGUCGCUCGCUCAAAACGGAAGUUCCACGAGAUCAAAGAUUGGCACACCGACGUUGCUAAGCCGUAUCGCAUGGCGGACAAUCUGAGAUAUUGGGCGAAAGCUGCGGAACUGCGAUGGGAUGUAGCCAUCACAAUACCGGCACUUGACAUCGUCAACGGCAAGGAUGACGCUUGGAAGAAGUUCGACGACGCCAUCUUGAUCUGGUGUCAAGGUGUGCGAACUGAGUUGACGGAAGAAUGGAGGCAAGAAGCGCAAAGCCAGGAACGCAAACGAGCGCCUGAAUUGAGGGUUGAAGUGCCCGAGGAAGGCAAAGAAGAGGAACAGAAACCCGAUGAAGCGAAAGUAGCAGAAGAAGCUGCUUGA